CACGCAGCUUGUUCGUAGGAAGGGGGUGGGCGUCGCGACGCCAGGCGUCGCUGGCGUCGAGCCGGCGGCAUAUCGUCGAGUCGAACGUGUCGUGUGCCGUCGCUGUGUCCGCCGUCGCCGUCGUCGUUACCAUUUUCCUUCGUACGGUUUUGAAAAAAGAAGUCGUGCGAACGAAUCACGCGUUUUCCUUCCAUUUCAAGUACUGGGGAUGUCGAGCCUCGGUUGAAUUUCCAUCGGUUCCGGAACCGAUCGACGUUGGACUUCCCGGUCACCGGAGAGGACCGUGUCUAGAAGCGAGUGACCGUGUAUAAUACACCAAUUACGAUUACACUACGGAUUGGAAUGUCGGAGGAGUAAUAUUCGUGCAUCUGGGAGCUUUCGUCGGAUCGUAAGAGCUGGAAAGAACGAGAAAAACCGGAAGAACACCGGAAGACUGGAAUAGGGAAAGAUCGAAUUGGCCGAGGGAGAGAAGGAGAACGCUCCGGAACAAAAAGUACAAGUAAAUGUCUACGGGUGGUGAAAAUAUAGAAUCGUUCGAAAGAGAAACAGAAGGAUCGCGGGCAUGCGAGCCGGGCAAUAACCGUAGAGCACGAGAGAAGAGCAGCACGUAGCGAGAAGGUAAGGUAGUCGAUUGAUUUGCCGCCGACGUCGACGACGCCUCCUUUGCGCGUAGUUCUAACCCGCCCUCGUGUACACGGGGUAGCUAGGAGAGAGUGUGCGAGUGGGGAGAGAGAGGAAUCGGUUCGACCAAUCGGUGGUACCGAUUCGGCGCGAAUCUUCGUCGUGGCCACCCGAUGGUAUCGGGAGAUCGCGAGUAUCGUUCGGUGGAGCCGGUGGAUUCGAGCGUAGAACUAGAGAGGGAGAGAGAACGAUCACGGUGCUAAGGGAGGGGUAGAGCGAGACAGAGAGGGGACAGUGAGGACGAGGCGCGUAACUAGGUGUACCAUGAGUAAUACGCGCAGCUCGCGGAGGAGCCCACGUUAGUACGAUUUUGCGUCCGUGGAAACCCGUGAGGGUGUAGAAACGUACGGGACGUAUAUAUUACGUGUACAUAUAUACGUACAUAACCGCCGGUACAUAUAAAUAUAAUCGAACGCACCCAGAUAUCUAUUUAUAAGUUUAAACACAAGGCGAGAAGAAGGAGUGGUGGGAAUCGCGGCGGUGGUAGCGAUGCUCGGUCUCUCCUGGCGGAUGUGUACGUGCGUGUCGGAUGGUCGUUGGUAGUGGUGGUGCUCUCCUCUGCUAGUGGUCUUCGCGGUGGUGCUGCUGCUUUGGUGUGGUGAUGAUGCUAGCGAUUGAUGCUGGUGGUAGCAGUAGUGUGCUAGAGUAACGAUAGACCGAAGAGGAAGGUAACGAACUGGAGAACGGUAUUUUCUCAACGGCGAAACCGGGGAGAAUUGGUGAACAGGGAACGGAGAAUACAUCCGGAGGAAGGUAACGGGGUAACGCGAGGUUAAAGGGAGAUUAAAGGGUAAGACGGUAGCGAGUGGACGAGUAAGGGUGCCGAGAGUGCGUUGUCCGUGGUGCAUCGUCGUGCGGAAGAGAAAGAAAGGAGGAGGCGGUGGAGAAAGUGGUGGAUCAAGAGGAGGAGAAGAAGAACCGAGUCGAAGGAAGCGUCGGGGCAGCAGGACGAGGAGCAGGGGGUGAAGAGAAGGGAAGAAGAAGGGGCACCAGGGGAGGACAUCCUGGCAGUGAGGGAUCACGGCCGAGAGCGCGUCAACGCGGAUAUGACGAGCGGAUACGCUCGGCUCACGUGAUACGCAACACAAUCGCUUCACCGAUACCGUUCUCUUGCAAGAUAUGUGGUCACGGAGGGAGGUUCGAAAGAGCCCAGUGCCGUAGCAUGCCGGCGAGCUGCAGCGGGUGGUGGGGCGUCUCUGAGAGAGCGCGUCGAUCGUCGUCGUUGGACGUCUGCACGGGCGUCUGCUUGAAGGCCGAGCAGGGUCCUGAGGAGCGUGCCUGCGCGUGUAUAACAGGAAGAGGAGUAGGCGGAGGCGGAGGCAGAGGAGGCGGCAAGCGGAAGCGCAGAAGAAGGGGGCGGAGAAGAAGAAGUGAGCAUCGAAGCGGAAGCACAGAGCUGAUAGAAGCGCGGAGGAGCGACCGAUGAGCGCGGGGGGGGAUGGGGGCUCGGGGUUGGGCCCCCCUGAGCUGCUGGGGGCCCAGCCGACUGCCGCGACCCCCCCCAUCCUCGGGCAGCACCAGAACCCCCAAUAUGGCCAGGACGGACAGCAAGCAACCGCGCAGUCGCAGACGGGCCAAACUCUCGGGACCAGCACAGGUGCAGCCAAAUCCGCCCCUAAGCGGCCGGCUCGCAGGGGUGGCAAGCCCCCGCCCGACAGGCCCGUUAGGGCUCUUUUCUGUCUACCCCUCAAAAAUCCCGUGCGCAAGCUGUGCAUCGACGUCGUCGAGUGGAAACCUUUCGAGUGGCUUAUUCUCAUGACGAUAUUCGCAAACUGCGUCGCCCUGGCGGUCUACACACCGUACCCGUUCGGCGAUUCUAAUCUGACCAACCAGUAUUUGGAAAAAAUAGAGUAUAUAUUUCUUGUGAUUUUUACGGUCGAGUGCGUAAUGAAGAUCAUCGCUUACGGCUUCGUGGCUCAUCCCGGGGCUUAUCUCCGGAACGGGUGGAACAUACUAGAUUUCACGAUAGUAGUUAUAGGCAUGGUGAGCACGGUGUUGACGAUGCUCAUGAAAGAAGGCUUCGAUGUGAAAGCGUUAAGAGCUUUUCGAGUACUACGACCUCUCAGGCUGGUCUCCGGAGUACCAAGUCUUCAAGUGGUCCUAAACUCUAUUUUGAGAGCGAUGAUACCUCUUCUACAUAUCGCUCUGUUGGUUCUGUUCGUCAUCAUUAUUUACGCUAUCAUCGGCCUCGAGCUGUUCUCUGGGAAAAUGCAUAAAACGUGCCGGCACAGUGUCACCGACGCCCUAAUGGACGACCCAACACCGUGUGGGCCCGAAGGCUAUACGUGCAGCAUCUUGGGGGAAGAAUACCAUUGCAGCAAGCAGUUCUGGGAGGGUCCGAAUUGGGGUAUCACGAAUUUCGACAACUUUGGCCUGGCCAUGUUGACGGUCUUCCAGUGCGUGACGCUCGAAGGUUGGACGGACGUGCUCUACGACAUCGAGGACGCGAUGGGCAGCUCGUGGCAGUGGAUUUACUUUAUCUCCAUGGUGAUACUCGGAGCAUUCUUCGUGAUGAACCUGAUUCUCGGUGUGUUGUCCGGAGAGUUCUCGAAGGAGAGAGAAAAGGCGAAGGCGCGAGGCGACUUCCACAAGCUCAGGGAGAAGCAGCAGAUCGAGGACGAUCUCAGGGGAUACCUGGACUGGAUCACGCAGGCUGAGGACAUCGAGCCGGAGACGGACGAGCCCAAGAUGCAGGACGGGAAUACGAAGCAGCAGAGCGAAAUGGAGAGCACGGAUCAAUUAGAGGGGGACGAGGAGGGGGUGCAACAGGAGUCCGUAUGGAGGCGGAAAAAGCGAGACUUCGACAGGGUGAACAGGAGAAUGAGGAGGGCCUGCAGAAAAGCCGUCAAGUCGCAGGUUUUUUAUUGGCUGAUCAUAGUACUGGUUUUCCUGAACACCGGCGUUCUGGCGACCGAGCAUUACAAUCAGCCGACGUGGUUGGACGACUUUCAAGAGAUCACGAACAUGUUCUUCAUCGCGCUGUUCUCGAUGGAGAUGAUGCUGAAGAUGUACAGUUUAGGAUUUCAAGGUUACUUCGUCUCGUUGUUCAAUCGUUUCGAUUGUUUCGUCGUGAUCGGCUCGAUCACCGAAAUGAUCCUCACCAACACGCACGUGAUGCCACCGCUCGGCGUUUCCGUGCUGCGUUGCGUCCGGUUGCUCAGGGUAUUCAAAGUGACGAAAUAUUGGAGGUCGCUGUCGAAUUUGGUGGCUUCCCUGUUGAAUUCUAUACAAUCGAUCGCGUCCCUGUUGCUUCUGCUCUUCCUGUUUAUCGUGAUCUUUGCCCUCCUAGGCAUGCAGGUGUUCGGCGGAAAGUUCAAUUUUACCGAAUUGCAAGACAAACCUCGUCGCAAUUUCGACAGUUUCUGGCAGAGCUUGUUGACCGUCUUUCAGAUAUUGACAGGCGAGGAUUGGAACGCCGUGAUGUACGAUGGAAUUAGAGCCUACGGCGGCGUAGCAAGCUUCGGCAUGCUCGCCUGUUUUUACUUCAUCAUUCUCUUCAUAUGCGGUAACUACAUUCUACUGAACGUCUUCUUGGCUAUCGCUGUGGACAACCUUGCGGACGCCGAGUCGUUAACCGCCAUCGAAAAGGAAGCCGAGGAGGAGGCGGAAAAGAACAAAUCUCACAGCGCCUCGCCAGCCAGGGACGAAAUCAGUGGUGAACACGGCGAUGGCGGCGAAGGGACCGGUGCGGAGGACGAGGGUGGAACCACCGACCUUGAACAAGACCCUAACGAAACGAUGGAGGACUACGAGGCGGCUCUGGACACGGAAACGUCGGAGAAGAGCGAAGACAUGAACACUCAUGCGAAAGUACGGCUGAACGUGGAGUCGGACGAGGAAGUCGAAGAGGAGGAAGAGGCUGAACAAAACGAGAUGCACGACGAUGGCACGGAUCAAGGAGUGUCGGCCAGGCCGCGAAGAAUGUCCGAGUUUAAUAUGGCCACGAAAACUCAACCGAUUCCCGCGGGUUCGGCCUUUUUUAUUUUCUCGCAAAAUAACAGGAUUCGUGUAUUUUGCCAUUGGUUCUGCAACCACGGCUACUUCAGCAACGUGAUUCUCGUGUGCAUCAUGAUAUCCUCGGCUAUGUUGGCGGCCGAAGAUCCUUUAAGUGCUUCUUCUUACAGAAAUCAGAUAUUAGCGAAUUUCGACUAUUUUUUCACCACAGUGUUUACUAUCGAGAUCUGCUUGAAGAUGAUUUCUUACGGUUUUAUCAUACACGACGGCGCGUUCUGCCGAUCGGCGUUUAAUCUGCUCGACCUGUUGGUCGUGUGCUCUUCUCUCAUUUCGAUGUCUUUCAGCUCUGGCGCGUUCUCCGUUGUGAAGGUCCUCCGCGUGUUGCGUGUCUUGAGGCCUCUACGCGCCAUCAAUCGUGCCAAGGGAUUGAAGUACGUAGUGAAGUGUGUGAUUGUCGCCAUUAAAACGAUCGGCAACAUUAUGUUGGUCACCUAUCUCCUACAGUUCAUGUUCGCUGUUAUCGGGGUACAGCUGUUUAAGGGGAAAUUUUUCUCUUGUACCGAUGCAUCGAAAAUGACGAAAGAGGAGUGCCAGGGCACGUACCUCGAGUUCGAAAUGGGGGACAUUAACAAGCCGGUGAUGAAUGAGAGAGAAUGGCACCAGAACCGUUUCCAUUUCGACGACGUCGCCAAGGCGAUGCUCACGCUCUUCACCGUCUCGACGUUCGAGGGCUGGCCGUCAUUGCUAGACGUGUCGAUCGACUCUAACAAGGAGGAUCAUGGACCAAUUCAUAAUUUUCGGCCGAUAGUGGCCGCGUACUACAUAAUUUACAUCAUUAUCAUAGCAUUCUUCAUGGUGAACAUCUUCGUUGGUUUCGUUAUUGUCACUUUCCAGAACGAGGGUGAGCAAGAGUACAAAAACUGCGAGCUCGAUAAGAAUCAGCGAAACUGCAUCGAGUUCGCGCUAAAGGCGAAGCCAGUGCGGCGAUACAUACCGAAGCAUCGAAUACAGUACAAAGUCUGGUGGUUCGUUACCUCUCAACCGUUCGAGUACACCAUUUUCACUUUGAUCAUGAUCAACACCGUGACGCUGGCAAUGAAGUUCUAUAGGCAACCGGAAAUUUACACGGAGGCUUUGGACGUCCUCAACAUGAUCUUCACCGCGGUGUUCGCCAUGGAGUUCGUCUUCAAGCUGGCUGCCUUUCGGUUCAAGAACUACUUCGGCGACGCGUGGAAUGUUUUCGAUUUCAUUAUCGUCCUUGGAAGUUUCAUCGACAUCGUUUACUCGGAAGUCAAUCCGGGCUACGCCAUCAUUUCCAUUAACUUCUUUCGGCUGUUUCGCGUCAUGCGACUGGUGAAACUGUUGAGCAGAGGGGAAGGCAUCAGGACGCUUCUCUGGACUUUCAUUAAAUCCUUCCAAGCUCUCCCCUACGUAGCUCUACUUAUUAUAAUGCUAUUUUUUAUUUACGCCGUGAUAGGUAUGCAGGUGUUUGGAAAAAUUGCGAUCGACGACAGUACGUCGAUAAACCGGAACAAUAACUUCCAAUCAUUUCCGCAAGCGGUGUUGGUCCUAUUCAGAUCGGCUACAGGCGAAGCUUGGCAAGAAAUCAUGAUGGACUGUUCGUCGAACAUCGACGUCAAGUGCGAUAAUAGGAGCGACGAGCGGAAUUCCACAAAUAGCUGUGGAUCCGACAUUGCAUUUCCCUACUUUAUAUCUUUCUACGUUUUAUGCUCUUUCCUCAUCAUCAAUCUCUUCGUCGCCGUAAUCAUGGACAAUUUCGAUUACUUGACGAGGGAUUGGUCGAUCCUGGGUCCCCACCAUUUGGACGAGUUCAUUCGCCUCUGGUCCGAAUACGAUCCCGAUGCGAAGGGUCGCAUCAAGCACUUGGACGUCGUGACGCUCCUCAGGAAGAUAUCGCCGCCUCUGGGGUUCGGUAAACUCUGUCCUCAUCGCGUGGCGUGCAAGAGGCUGGUCUCGAUGAAUAUGCCGCUAAACAGCGACGGUACGGUCUUGUUCAACGCGACGUUGUUCGCCGUGGUGAGGACGUCGUUACGAAUCAAGACCGAGGGGAACAUUGACGAUGCGAACGCUGAGCUUAGGGCGGUGAUAAAGAAAAUCUGGAAGAGAACCAGCCCGAAGCUUUUGGAUCAAGUGGUACCACCGCCGGGAGUCGACGACGAGGUAACCGUCGGCAAGUUCUACGCGACUUUCCUGAUCCAGGACUACUUUCGGAGGUUCAAGAAACGCAAGGAACAGGAGAUGAAGGACGGCGACAAGGACUGUCACAACACCGUCACGCUUCAGGCUGGCUUAAGGACUCUGCACGAGGCUGGCCCGGAGCUGAAGAGAGCCAUUUCUGGAAACUUGGAGGAACUUCUCGACGACAAUCCGGAACCUAUGCACAGGAGGAACCAUUCACUCUUCGGCAGCGUCUGGUCCAGCAUGAGGAAGGGACACCACGGUUUCAACAGGGCGAGGUCGCUCAAAGUGAACUCUACGACCAAGGCUUCCCCGACGAAUUCCAUAGACUUCCUGCCGUAUUCCUCGCUGCACAGAGCAGGCGGACUCGAUGCACCGAAUCAAAUCACCGCAAGGUCUCAUCAAGUUGUGCCAAACGUAGCAGGUGGUCUCAGCGACAGCGCGAUGAAUCAAAUGGGAACGGACCAAAAGCUGACGGGCAUAGAGGAGAACAUUCCUCUGAGACCGUUGGCCGUGUUUGGAAAUCCCGUCCAGCAACAAUCUUACCAUCCCCCGUACAAAGUGGUCGAUCUUCAGGACGGAAUCGAGCGGCAACUGACCCCACCGACGCCACCACCCCGAAGGAACCCACCCCCGUCCAUAGCCCCGAGCACCGGCAUUGCCCCGCACCCCGCGCAACUAUCGUCCAGCAAGUCCGGAAGCGGCACCCCGUCGAUCGCCACGUGCACGAGCACGAGCACAUCGAGCACGAACACGUCGACCGCCACGACCAGCUCGAGCCCUGGUUCAUCCUCCAAUGGAAAGCGAUGUUACUAUUCCUACGCGACGCGGGGCUGCUGCGUCGAUUGUGCCGUCUGGAGUAAUCACGCCGUAGAUCGCGAGGACGGGGAGUCGUCAGCGGGAAGCGAGUUCAGCGGGUCCGGCGGGACCGGAAGUUCCGGAGGUUCUAGCGGUUGGAGCAGCUCCGAGAAGGUCAGAAGACGAGGAGGAUCCACGAGGCAGGAGCUCGCCGUGGCGUCUCGGUCCCGUGGUCGUGGUCGAUGCGAUCCGGCUGGCAAGUCGGCGCCGUCGAGUUUCCGUAAACGUGGCGACGCCAGCAGCGGCAUCGUCGGCGUGGGCGUCGUCGGUGUCGGCGUCGGCGGCGGUCAGUCGAGCAGCUCGGCUACACCGAGCACAGGCGUCAAGAGAACCGUUGCCAACGGGCUGAAGCUCGCCCAGACGCAGGCGAUCGCCGUCGCUGGUUUCCUCGCCGAUGUCGACACCCGUCGAUGCCGCGACUGCUCCUGUUUGCCCCAUCGGGCCUCUUACCACGGCAGAGUUUCCUGGGCCGGGGAGAGUAACGGAAGCAUCGGCGCAGAGCGCCUCUCCCACAGCCUUCCGGGCAGUCCAGCCGACAGGAAGCCCAACUUCGAGGUCAUCGGGAGCGCGGAGAGUCUCGUCGGUCGGGUCCUUGUGGAGCAAGGGCUGGGCCAGUACUGCGAUCCCGACUUCGUCAGGUACACGUCCCGCGAGAUGCAGGAGGCGUUAGACAUGACCCGCGAGGAGAUGGACAGAGCAGCCCAUCAGCUGCUUCUGCAAGAACGUCGCGGGCAGCCGCUUACGUAUCAGCUGCAACAGGCUACGGACCAGCACUGGGCUGGUCCGCCUUACCAGCAGAUCCAACAGCCCACUGCUAUCGGCUAUCAGCCGCUGCAGGAGCAGCAGCCGGUGCCGCGGCAGUAUCAAUCGUACUACCGCGGUCAAGCAACGGUAUCGCAGCCACCCACCCAGCAACAGCAACCGCCAUCCUCUUAACGACACGACGACCCCUCCAACGAUUCUAUAUUUCUGGCUCCAUUACCUCCAACGCCUCCGUGAAUCGAUUUCCGGAACGAGCUUCGUCCAUUGAUUCCGGGGAUGACUCGUCGUCCCUGAAUGACGGUUCCUUGGCCGGAUAAGAGUCGUUGAGGGAACAGAAUCGGUCCGUUUGUGACCGAUUUCAUGUCGAGAUUGGUGCAAACGGGCGAGCCAUUGCGUUUGCGAUGGCCAAUCGCGCGAAACGCCAGACGACGGAAACGUUGACGUUUCCGCGACAGGGAAACUCUUUGGACAGAGGGUAGCAAAGAGGAUUCCGACCGCGGUCGCAAGAGGACGGGGUGACGCAAGCAAUAAAGCAACGAGAGCAACGAUCGCGCGACCAUCCGGUCCUUCGUACCGGGGGGUGGUUGUUUUUGUAUUUUGUGUGCGUGCGCCGAAAAAAAAAAAAUAUAUAAGAAAAGAUUGAAAAAAAAAAUACGCGAGAGGAAAAGCGGCUAAAGCACCGAAAGCGUGGAGGAAUUCCAGACGGAGUUGAAUUCUCAAGGGCAGUGGCUCUUAAUCUUUUCUAACUCACGGUUUCGAAGAAGAGUCUCUCGGCCUUCUUACGAUUUUUGGCACGGUUUGUACGUUUAUUUGUUUAACGUCUUUAUGGCAAAAUUAUGUAAGGGUACUUGUAAAAUGAACGUAUUAAAUUUAUGCCGAUACGCGUGUAAAGCAGACGAGGCUCGGCUGUGAAAUGCUGUUUUUAAACCUAAUCUUAACAACUCUCAAUCCUGAUAAUUAUGAGAGAGAGUUCGAUGAUAAAUUGCUUGGGAAUUCGAAAAUGAUAAAAGAUAAAUUCGUUGAAUCUGUUGCCAAACGUUCGCGGCACAAUGGUUGAGAGCCACUGCUCUAUGGUUGUCGAACGCGUUCCAGGUACUCGUGCGUUCUCGAUGACUCGAGACGACGAAGGAAAAUGAAAAAUAAAUGGAAUUCGCGCGGGACGAUUGAUCCUUAUCGCUCUCAUUCUUAUCGUAAAAUACUUAUUCCUCCGAUUGUCGUUGUUAGGAUAAAUCGAACUCACCGAUUGCUCUUCGUACGAUGGAUUCUAGAUGAGAUAACAAGUGCCUAAGUAUCUGUAACUUCUUUCGGACCAGAGAAGAGACUUUUAUCAACUUAGAACGAAGUACCGUUACCGCGAAUUACGAAGCAAGUUGCGUGUUGAAUGUGUACGCUACCGAUACUUGUAACGAUAUUAUAGAUAAUUAUUAUUCGUACCGUAAUUGUACAUAUACGUUGCGUGAGGAUAAAUGGCCGAUAAACGCAAAUGCCGCGAGAUUCGUUUGUACAGCCUAGGUUGAGUCUGCGCACGAUCGGCCAACCGACGCGCGAGAAGUGUUUCCUGGCUGCCAGACCAUCGUUGUUUGAAUACAGAAAUUUCAAAUUGUAUAGAUCAAGUGCUGGCCUUGAUUUAAAAUGACAGUAAGCCAUACUCUUACCGGGCCAUAUUCAUUUAUCGAAUCGCAUCAGAAAUAAAAGAUAACUGUAUCAAUUUCGUUUCGACUUCUGCGCCAGGAACCACGGUUCGCGAUCAACUUUGGCCACGAUCGACGCUUUCGCCAGACAAUUUACCGCGACGAUCAAAUGAUACCUAUAGAUACGAGCAUAAUCUAUUAGAAUUGUGGGUGAAGUCUGACCUGGACCUUAAACUCGCAAAGACAAACAAAAAUGUGUAGACAUAGAUCUCUAAGCUCUCCUUCUUCUAUGUCUCCUAUAUAUUCAUUUAAAUUGCUUCCAUUUUCCAACGUCCAUAUUUAUCCUCUCUUUAAACUUAUUAUAUUCGUUUUAUUAUCGUCUCCCGUUCCCUAGAUUCGUUUACCUCCCCCAAAUGCCUCCGUUCAAACGAAACCUUUUUGUUUAACUUUGCGAAUUCUAUCAUCCACUUUAUACAUUGCCUACAGUUUCGAUAGACCCUGUAUAUUCCUACGGAACCCAGUUCAGAUCCAUCGGGUACACUCGUUCGUGCUCGACGACUACGUUUCGGCCCUCGCGUCGCUGUUUCGUGGACCAUCGACGGUCCACUUCCGGAAACGCCUACCACUCGCGCGAAAUCGUUUACCGAUACCGACUCCGACUCCUUUCUAUCGAACGCACCGACGAUUUUACUCUUCCCCGACCCCGGGUCCCAGUUUUAGACUCGAUUUUUACAAAUUGCGCCCCCCAACGAAAAUUUUGACGUCGUAUAUAUUCUUAUAGCCGCAAGAGGAACGCGUACAAGUGUGAAAGAGUGAGAGGACCGCGCGCAUGCCAGGAAAGAACGAGCGCGAGAGAGUGCGAGCCCGCGCCUAACGUUUCCCUCAGAGAUGGGCAAAAGUCUAGAUACCGACUCGAACAACGAACGAAAGAUAAACAACCUCUGCAACCUUACUCGUCGAAUGGACAACGGAGUUUGAAUUGUAGCAAUCGCGUCUCGCGUGUUUGAACAAAUAGAGGCUGACGUUACCGAAUAAUGUACAACGCAAUCUCAAUUAUCUUUGAUACAUAGAGCAAAGGAGACGCACGAAGGUUCAUUUGUAUAACUGUUCAAUGGGAUAUGUCGCGAAUAAAUCGCUGUACGUUGUUCUCACUCGAAUGAAAUUUUUGUUUGCCCAUCUCUGGUUUUCCUACGCAGUUUCCGAGACCGCAGGACGAAUCGAUCGGGAGUGGGAGCCGUUCCCCUUCCACGCACCACGAUUUUACAUCCGAUCGUACGAUUGGAAACAUCCAACAGACGUGGUUCUGCGGAUGUUCGACCGACCCUGUUCCUUCUUCAGAAAGAUCUUCGAGACGUUCGGCGGGGAAGCAGUCGCCGAGGCCGUUGAACCUUCGAGCAAAACCCAAACGAAACGAUCGUGUAUUUCUCUCGUGUACCUUGAAACGACGUCGACAAUAAUCUGUCAUCGAUGACAUUUUCAGAACCACGUACUCUGGACAUCCUCUCGCCGCGUUUUCGCUUACCAGAGAUGGGCAAAAUUCGGAUUUAGAUGACGAUUCCCGAACAACGAAUAAAAUGUGAACAACUGUUUUAUUCGUUAUUGGUUGAAUAAGAAUUAGAGUUAACGAAAUUAAACGAACGUUUAAUAGUUUGCCCGUCUCUGUAUUCAGUUUUCGAUUCGCGUUGGCCAUUUUUUUGGCGCUUCCUUCCGACCUCGUCGAUUCCGGAUCCAUUAUCGGGUCCCAGAGGCUGUACGCUUCGAUUCAACACUGACGAUCGACUCUUUUAAGUACUUUCUCUCUCGAUUCCUCCUAGUUCGUUCACCACCCACCGCAUUUCGACGAUUGAUCUUCUUAGCUGGUGGUACGUGGCAUGUACGCUGCUGCUCAAACGUCUAAGAUCACCUAUCGUUGCUGCGAAUCUAACAAUCGCUUCGCAACACGGGAGCGUUCAACCCCUUCGCGUCCACGUCUUGAUUUUAAUUGUUCCACCAUUGUAAUCGUAAUUAAAAUUCAAUCGAAUCGUUGAGUCUAAGAGAAAGGCAGUCUCUGAUUUUCGAUGAGUGGUGUAUGCAGUCUUCUAAGGUGUAAGAAUGCGCUCGACGCUAGCCCUUCGCCGACAAGGGAACCAACAAAAUCUGACGACCAUUUAAAAAAAAAAUAGAUUGACCGAUAUUUCCAUUUCUGGACGCUUUCCUAGGGAUUGCGAUAGUAGAGGUACCGUGGUGUGUGUGUGAGGAGCCGAUCGAGACGAGUAUCGAACUUGAUAAACGAAGAGAGUGACUAUAACUCGCGCCCUGAUACGUUUUGAUAAUCAAAAAUAUCUCGUGUUGAGUAGCCUGAAUUUAUCGUUUCUCUUUGAAUGUUUUCAAGUCACUAUUCACGUAAACGAAAGAAAUAUUAACAGACUCUAAACGAAUUAUCGGACGCAAGCGAAGUAAUAAAUAAUUCGACACGAGGCAUUUUUACCUGUUCCCAACCGUACAUUUAAUAAUCGUCCUGGGAACGCUACUUGUAUACAUUGUACUCGAUCUUUCGUAUUCGUUUUUAUUCCAGCGUCUUUCUAACGAUUGCGCGCGUCUUUGUCUAUAGCGAUCUUUUUAUACUGUUGUAAAGUGGCGUUUACACCGAAAUCGUAGAUUAUUGCGCGUAGAUGAGAAGAGUUCUAUACCUAUGAAUCGUAAUAACGUCGGAUUAGUAGAGACGCCCGAGACACACCGCUGUCGCGUCUCCUGUGUAGUAGACGCGUUUGGAGAGACCAACAUUUUCUAUACUAUCUCUGGACGGACGACGUUCCGUCGAGAAUCAAGCGCGAACUUGUCGUUCUCUGAAUCUUCGAACGUUCGACUCCAUCGAACACGUGGCACUCAGCUUGGGCUCUCGCUAGACCUGUUGGAAAUUCAGGAUCACGCGAGAAAGCUGGUAAAAAUUUACAAAUAAGAAAUAGAAAGACAGAAUGGGAAUAUCUUGAAAUUCGAACAGCUCUAGCUCUCACACACGCUACUCGCGCCGUUUAUUUUUGUUAAGACAAUGCUUGCGCAAACUGAGACCAGCUUUUUUAAUUAAUAGAUGUACUCUGAUGCGUUUCGACAAGGACGCCUCGACAGUCCAACAGUAAAUCAAUUCGUGAGCAAAGGAGGAAACCCGAGUACUAUCGUACAUUCACGACUCUCGUUAGUUCAUUAGAAAUUUUACAGAAUCAACCCUUCGCGGUUCAGAGUCUCGGAUUUCUCGGUGCAUCUCCGUCGAGCCUCGCUCGACCCAGGACCGCGAAAGAUUAAGAUCCUGAUGCACAACCGACAGACACGCACACGAUAUAUACUGCCGUUUUUCUGUUCGAUUUUUGCUCCUUUUGCUUCUUUAUCGAAUCAAAGACUUUGCUCGUUGGAAAAUAAGGUGAAUCGUUAAAUCAAAGACUAUUAAUAAAAUUGCUUGUUCUUCUAUGAACGACUAUUUCUAAAUUAAUUUGAUAUACUCGAGUAUUUUAAAAAUGAAUCUUCUCAAAUACGAUGUUCAAGAAGUUAUCGGUCAAGUUUCUAAAUAAUUUUCUUUGUGGUUGUAUCGACUGCUUUCGAAUCCACCGCAAAACGAACCGUCGCGUUCGCAAAGAGUCAAAGAAUAGAACACGUUCGUUGUACGAAUGGCCGAUGCGAACGAUCGCGACGCGACCUCAAGUCGAGGAUUUCGAAACUGACUCGCGGCCGUCCAGGCUUACGCUUUACAAGGAAAUUAUACCUUUCUUUUCUGCUUGUGUUAUUUGCAAUUUCGAAGACCAAUCGAUCGACGCGCGACGGAUAGUCGUUGCAUCCGAGCAGUUCUUAAACGGAAAUAGAAACCGUAAAUGUGCGCACUUUCUGUCUGCCAGAGACGAGCAAAAUUUCUACCUGGAUAAAAGAUUCGAAUAACAAAUAAAAGAUGAACAUUACUCGUUGAAUACAACAUUUACUUGAUCGAUUAUCCCAUUGAAUAUUGUACUACGAAAACAAAAUGUUACAAUUUUAUUUCUCUUCUACUCGAACGAAAUUUUGUCCAUCUCUGCAGCCUACAAUCACAGCAUUUUUUAAAAAAACACGUGAACCAAUCGAAUCUCUACUCGAGAAUAAAUAAAAACAGAAACCGAUCGAUCGUCGAAUAGAACGGGCGAUUAAUCUACCGUAUAAUUUUUUCCAAUUUUCACGCUCGUUUUGAAAUCGAGGAUGUAAAACAUGAGUUUGAUCAAGCGAAAUGUUUAGCGCAGAGAGAAAGAGAGAGAGAGAGAGAGAGAGAGAGAGAGAGAGAGAGAGAGAGAGAGUGAGAGACAUUGAAACGUUAUAUACACGUAUGCGCAUGCGGUUCCGAGAGUGUUCGAACGAGACUGGCUAGAUCGACGUAAAAGAACUGCAUGGACACGGUUAUCGCUGACUAGAAAAGAAAAACGAAAAACUAACAGAAAAAAGUUGUUGUUGUUAAUGUUGUCAAAAAAUGUGUCAAAUUAAAAUAUAAGGAUUUCAAACAU